AUGGCUGCGGACAAUCUGACGAUGCCCAUCCCUCCUCUCAGCGACACACCUUUGCCGGUAGUGGCGCAGACGCCGAUCAACACUGUGUUGGCUUCUCCGCUAGUAGCUGACCAGAUGAGUUCCAAGGAGGCACCGUUUGGCAAAGGCGUCAUCAACAUCUCUCUUACCCCUCUCACCAUAUCUGGGGGAGAAGUCCAACCAUCAGAGAAGACCAUCAAUUGGGAAGGCUACCAGGACGAUGUUCUACCCGACAAGGUCCACGGACGAUUUCUUCGCAACCUGCAAUUCCAGAUAUUCUCUUUCUACCGCAGGUUCUUUGGUAUCGUCUUCGUUGUAAACAUGGCCAUCUUUAUCGCAUUCUGUGUCCACGGUGGCUCAGAGACCAGCGCGAAGAAGUUGGGCGAGAUCGUGGUGGCGAAUCUUUUUGUCGCGAUUCUAAUGCGUCAGGACCAUGUUAUCAAUGCGUUCUUCACGGUCUUUUGUGCUCCCGGCAAUACGUGGCCGCUAUGGAUUCGGCGCGCCUUAGCGCGAGUAUAUAGUAUCGGCGGGCUGCAUUCUGGAUGUGCAGUCAGCGGAACUAUCUGGCUGGUUCUUUUCACCGUGCAAGCGACAAGGGAAGUCGUCAACAAGCAACAGACCUCAGUCGCGACUUUAGCGGUCACAUAUGUCAUUUUAGCCCUCCUUGUUGGCAUGUUGAUCUUUGCCUAUCCUGCCCUUCGCCGCAAACUCCAUGAUACCUUUGAGGUAACGCAUCGUUUCGCGGGGUGGACAGCUGUGGGCCUUGUAUGGGCUCAGGUCAUCCUGUUGAUCAACGACUACCGUGAGCCGGGACAGUCGUUAAGACAGGCUAUGGUCAAAUCCGCACCAUUCUGGCUCGUCGUUGUCUUUACUGGUUCCAUCAUGUCUUCGUGGCUUCGUCUUCGGAAGGUGCCGGUUCACGCCGAAGUACUCUCCGAUCACGCCGUCCGAUUCUACUUCGAUUACGUGAACACACAGCCAGGGCACUUCACACGCAUGUCGUCGAAUCCCCUGCUCGAGUGGCACUCAUUCGCAACCAUUGCUAUCCCUGGCAGGACUGGAUAUUCUGCCAUUAUUUCGAAGGCAGGAGACUGGACGUCCCGGCAAAUCACCGACCCGCCUAAAGAAAUCUGGAUUCGUGGUGUUCCCUGCUUCGGUGUCGUGCGCGUUUGCACUCUCUUCCGACGUGUCCUCUUGGUUGCGACGGGCAGCGGAAUUGCCCCCCUGGCGCCGGUUAUUUUUGCGAAGAAGGUGGCCAUACAAUUGUUAUGGACGGCACCUGUAGUCCGCAAGACUUUCGGUGAUAAACUCGUCGACUCUUUGUUGGAAGCAGCACCAAGCGCUGUCAUUUAUGACACUCGUGUGCAUGGAAAACCGGACAUGGUGAAGCUAACCUAUCGCAUGGUGCGCGAAUUCAACGCAGAGGCGGUGGUAGUCAUUUCGAACCCGCCGUUGACGGAGAAGGUUGUCUAUGGUAUGAUUAGUCGUGGAAUUCCUGCCUAUGGCGCUAUCUGGGACUCCUGA